AUGUCGAAACCAAUGGGACUCCUAUGGCUGCCUUUGAUCUUCACACCAGUGUGUGUCAUGUUGAAUUCUAACUUCCUCCUCUGGAUAACUGCACUGGCUAUAAGAUUUACUCUCAUCGAUGGCCAAGCACAAUACCCAGUUGUUACUACGAAUUAUGGCAAAAUACGUGGUUUAAGAACACCUUUGCCUAAUGAGAUCCUUGGCCCAGUGGAGCAGUACUUGGGUGUUCCUUAUGCUUCUCCUCCGACUGGAGAAAGGCGAUUUCAGCCCCCGGAGCCACCAUCAUCUUGGACAGGUGUCCGCAACGCCACGCAGUUUGCUGCUGUCUGCCCACAAUACCUGGAUGAGAGGUCACUGCUCAAUGAUAUGCUGCCAGUCUGGUUUACAGCCAAUCUGGAUACUGUGGUGACAUAUGUUCAAGAUCAAAAUGAAGACUGUCUGUAUUUGAAUAUCUAUGUGCCCACAGAGGAUGGAGCCAACACAAAGAAAAGCGCAGAUGAUAUAACCAGUAAUGAUCGUGGUGAAGAUGAAGACAUUCAUGAUCAGAACAGCAAGAAACCCGUUAUGGUCUACAUCCAUGGUGGCUCUUACAUGGAGGGUACUGGAAAUAUGAUUGAUGGCAGCAUUCUUGCAAGUUAUGGAAAUGUCAUUGUUGUCACUAUCAAUUACAGGCUGGGGGUAUUAGGUUUUUUAAGUACUGGGGACCAAGCUGCAAAAGGCAAUUAUGGAUUGCUUGACCAAAUCCAAGCUUUACGUUGGAUUGAAGAAAAUAUUGGAUCUUUUGGAGGAGACCCGAAGAGAGUUACUAUUUUUGGAUCUGGGGCAGGAGCUUCCUGUGUCAGUCUCCUGACACUCUCCCACUAUUCAGAAGGUAACAAUUUGCCAGGCGAAACUGCAGGUUUGUUCCAAAAGGCAAUCAUACAGAGUGGAACAGCCCUGUCCAGCUGGGCAGUGAACUAUCAGCCUGCCAAGUACACUCGGAUAUUGGCAGAUAAAGUGGGCUGUGACAUGCUGGAUACCACUGAUUUGGUUGAAUGUCUGCGGAAUAAGAAUUACAAAGAACUCAUUCAACAGACUAUCACUCCAGCUACGUACCACAUUGCCUUUGGGCCUGUGAUAGAUGGAGACGUGAUUCCAGAUGACCCUCAGAUUCUGAUGGAGCAAGGGGAAUUCCUUAACUAUGAUAUAAUGCUGGGUGUGAAUCAAGGGGAAGGUUUAAAAUUUGUGGAUGGCAUUGUAGACAAUGAAGAUGGUGUUUCUCCCAAUGAUUUUGACUUUUCUGUCUCAAAUUUUGUGGACAAUCUAUAUGGUUAUCCAGAAGGGAAAGACACACUGCGAGAGACCAUUAAAUUCAUGUACACUGACUGGGCAGACAAAGAAAACCCCGAAACAAGACGGAAGACCCUGGUUGCCCUUUUUACAGACCACCAGUGGGUUGCUCCAGCUGUUGCCACGGCUGACCUGCAUGCCCAGUACGGAUCUCCAACCUAUUUCUAUGCAUUUUAUCAUCAUUGCCAAAGUGAAAUGAAACCAAGCUGGGCUGAUUCAGCUCAUGGUGAUGAAGUCCCUUAUGUGUUUGGGAUUCCUAUGAUUGGUCCCACAGAACUGUUCAACUGCAACUUUUCCAAGAAUGAUGUCAUGCUCAGUGCAGUGGUUAUGACAUACUGGACUAACUUUGCCAAAACUGGAGAUCCAAACCAGCCUGUUCCACAGGACACAAAGUUCAUCCACACAAAACCCAACCGCUUUGAAGAAGUGGCCUGGUCCAAAUACAAUCCUAAAGACCAACUUUAUUUGCAUAUUGGCCUGAAACCCCGAGUACGUGAUCAUUAUCGAGCAACAAAAGUUGCUUUCUGGUUGGAGCUCGUACCACACCUUCACAACCUGAAUGAAAUAUUUCAGUAUGUUUCCACAACAACUAAAGUCCCCCCUCCUGACAUGACCUCCUUUCCGUAUGUGACCCGACGUUCUCCUGGUAAAUUAUGGCCAGCCACCAAACGCCCGGCAAUGACACCUGCCAACAAUCCCAAACAUUCAAAAGACACCCAUAAAACAGCUCCUGAGGAUACGACAGUUCUGAUAGAAAACAAGAGAGAUUAUUCCACAGAGCUGAGUGUCACUAUUGCUGUGGGGGCCUCCUUGCUGUUCCUCAAUAUUUUAGCUUUUGCUGCAUUAUAUUACAAGAAGGACAAACGGCGUCAUGAGACUCACAGGCGCCCCAGCCCCCAGAGGAACACCACCAAUGACAUAGCACACAUACAAAACGAAGAGAUCAUGUCCUUGCAGAUGAAGCAGCUAGAACAUGACCAUGAGUGUGAAUCGCUGCAGGCCCAUGACACACUGAGACUCACCUGUCCGCCUGACUACACGCUCACUUUGAGAAGGUCCCCAGAUGACAUCCCGCUAAUGACACCCAACACCAUAACCAUGAUUCCAAAUACAUUAACAGGAAUGCAGCCUUUGCAUACUUUCAACACCUUCAGUGGAGGACAAAACAGUACAAAUUUGCCCCAUGGACAUUCAACCACUAGGGUAUAGCUCAGCACUUCCCCAUCUAUCCUCACAAGCCACUUGGAAGAAAGAAAAAAAGAAAAACAAAAUAAAAAAAAGAAGAGGAAAAGGUUAUACCAUCCAUUGAACACCUUGUCAAAAUCGAAAGUAAAAAUAAGUAAAAGAGAAGGACAGUCAUUAUUUUCUUACUGAUCCUUCCCACAGAAACUCACUGAUGUUAAAAAUCAACUACAAGCCCUGUGAAAUGUGAAAAGUGUACAUUGCUGUUACAAUACUGCUUUAAGAUCUCAGCCACUUUGAAAGUUGAGGCCAGAAGAAGUAAU